AUGAGUCUGGACUAUGCAAUUCUCACUAUUGAGCUCAAUGCAAUUGGGUAUUGCAAAGACGAUGUAAUCAGAGCAUUGAAGCAGGUGAAACCCUUGGGGAAGCUCGAUAUCGUGGUGAACCAUCAGUUCACACACAUGAGAGAACUUGAAAGUGUAUUGGCCAGCGUGUAUAAUAUUGCCAGAGAAGCACAGGAAGAGACAAAAAAUGCACAGGUAUUUACUACUGUGAUAUACGAUUCCAGUAUAGUUUCUCCGAACGCAGACAUAUAUUUGAGCUCACAGGCUCAUUCAAACGAGGCGCUAUCUAAUGACGUUAAGACUCCAAGUUCAAAAUCUGAUGCUCAGCGUGGUCAGUUCAGGGUUACGGCAUUAGGAGGUACUUUUGAUCAUUUGCACGAUGGUCACAAAAUAUUACUCACCUUAGCGGGGUUUUUGGCGAGUGAAAAACUCAUUGUUGGCAUCACUCAGGACGAGCUUCUCAAGAACAAACAAUUCAAGGAGGUGAUGCAAUCGUACCAUACAAGGAAAGAAGCUGUUAUAAACUUUCUUAAAAAGAUUCAGCCAGAUCUUGAGGUUGAUUGCUAUGAGCUUCGUGAUAUUGCGGGACCCACCGGGUUCAUCUCAGAUAUCGACGUUUUGGUGUUGAGCCAGGAAACUUCUGCUGGAGGGGCUACCGUUAAUAAGAUACGACUAGAAAAGGGGUUUCCGGAGCUGGCUCUGUUCGAGGUUGGCGUGAUUGGAGGAGGCUCCGCUGGUGACAACUGGAAGGACAAGUUGAGUAGUACGAGACUACGUCAACUGGAAUACGAUGAAAAGUACGGUAAACCGGAGGGACCUACUACAAGUCUAGGGAAAUGA